AUGGCUACAGACAACCGAACAUUUGUGUGCACCGUCUGUGAAACCGAAAGAGUGUUAGAGUCCUUGCAAGGCCUCAGAAGACAUUAUACAAAAAAACAUCCAAAUGAAAUGGGGGAGUAUGAGAAACUUCUAAAAAGAAGACCUGCUAUGUUUGAUGGCCCUUCUUCUUCUGCAAGCACUGCCACUGCCACUACCACUGCCACUACCAACCUGAACAGUAAUAAUGGACCUGCCCCAAUGGAAUUUGUUAUUGAAAACCCUCAGGACACAUAUGGCCAUGAAAUCUCUGACGAAGACGAAUAUAGUGAUGAUCACAUUCUAUUUGAUUCAUCAGAUGACUAUGAUGAGACUACUGAUGACGAAGACACGGACACCAGAGUAGAAUAUGAUAGCCAGGAUUAUAUUGCUAGAAUGGCUGCAGAAAUGAGAACCUUCCAAUCUCUUUCUCAUGCCAUGAAUGCCUACUCGAACGAAGACAGCAGCAGACAGACAUUGUACCGGCCCAAUGACUUUGCUGACAUUUUUACUGGACCCACCCGUCCAUUUAAAUCGAAAGUAGAGUUUAUCUUACAUGCUCUCUUCUACAGCGAUGAAGAUCUUGCCUCAGAAAGAUCUAUCAAGAAGAUCAUGUUUGCCAUGAAGAUGGUCUUAGACAUCCGUGAAGAAUCUGGAGUAGCACUGGAUUUUCCAACACGAAAUGCUGUGAUUAACUAUCACAAGCAGAAAAAGAACCAGAUCCCUGUUUUUCCUACUGCCAGUUUCGAUGUUGUGAACCAAGACAAUGAACGAAAUGUACUUUGGAUGAACAAACCAUCCGAUUACAUCAAGUUUACCAUGACAUGCCCCAGAAAAUCAUCUCAAAUCUUGGCCCUUCCUGACUUCAUGGAAAACCAGCGGUUGAAUCUCAACCAAGGCAAAAAGUGGAAGGAGAACCCAUUGCUCCAGCACCCAAUGAUCACUUCAAACGGAAUGGACUACUGGGUGGGUGAUGUUGUCAAAGUCCAAGGCUCCCCGAACCGGUAUCUCCUUGAGAAGUUCUUCACCAAGGAUGGAUCCAUACUUGCCAAUGCGUUCCAGGUUUAUGGUGGCCAUGAUCCUCGGCUGAACCAUCCUGAUGAUACACACUUCCUGCGGUUUGGAAACUCUACAAACUUUGCUGUCUCUACCCUGAAGUAUACCAUUGAAGUUGAUAGGAUUAUGUCUACUGUUCAAAAAGACAGUGAUCUUUUCCUCAGAUGUGGUUUCUCUGUUUCUUAUUGCCCUGCCGAAAUUGUCACCUAUGCUCUUACUGGUGUUCAAUCUGACUUGUGGCUCAACAAAUCCCAUGUUGAAGAAUUCAAGAGAAGACUUCCAGGCUCUGGUUUGAUGAAAGUAGUUGUCUGCCCACUUAAUCUCUAUUCCGACGAUACCUCCGAAAAUGCUCUUUUCAUUUGUACCUCGAAUCAUACACUGAAUGCCGUUGAGAUGUUGCCCCCUAUCGUUGAUGACCUCGUUAGACUGGAGAAAGGUAUUGAGAUGUAUUCUGAGGAUCAUGGUGAAGUAGUUCUCAUCGUUGCGCCCCUGUUGCUCUUUAUGGGUGACAACCCUCGUCAAUCUCAGCUUGCCAUGCAUAAGGGAACAUCUGCCAAAAAGUUUUGCCGAAAAUGCCUCAUACCUUCGCCUCGUAUUGAACAGGGUUCCAUCCCUGACGCUCCACCAUAUUCUCCAGUUGACCACCAUGGGUCAGAAGAAAGAAUGAGGGAUUUCUUGUGUGCCUUUGCCAAUGCCGAUUCCCAGUCAGAGCUAUAUCUCAAUGGGUGCGAAUUGAGUUAUAUCAAGAAUGGAAGUGAGGAAUUUCUUAGACUCGAAGCCUUUGACCCUACCAAAGACAUGCCUGUCAAAAUUCUCCACAUUAUUCCUCUUGGCCUGACGAAAUACUUGAUGACUUUUCUCUGGAAACAGAAGAUGCUGACUACAAGUGAAAAGGGGAGACUCCAGGAAGCUCUAAACUCUUACAAGUCUUGUAAGAGUUACAGCCGAACAUUCAGGAACAAGUUUUGCCACACUGGUUCGUUUGUUGGAUGCGAUUUCAAGGAAUUGAUUCAAGUCCUGCCUGGAAUUAUGAGCAAGCUCUUUAGUGACAAACCAUUGGCAAGUUUGUUCAUUAAAGCCUUGCAUGCAUUAGGCCGCCUGUCGUCUUUGGUGUACAUGCGUGGAGUCGACUGGUGCUUCGACUACUAUAUUGCCCAGAUAAAACAUGCUGUCACUGAUGUAACAGAUCUGAUUUUUCAACUGGAUGUCCAGAUUCUCCAAAAAGGAUUUUCUAAGCAAGACUUCACGUUCAAGCCAAAGGUCUACCUUCUGCAUUAUAUCACUGACGACAUUGUUUGUUUCGGUUCCGUGCUGCAAUACGAAACUGAAAACGACGUCGCUACAAGAUUCAGCAAGCAAUUCAUCUGUCGGCAUCUUUGUAAUGGAGGAUUGUAUGUCGUAGAGAAACCAGCUGGUAAUGGAACAAGAUCUGUGAGAAGUUCAAUUGGUGAUUUUGUCAAGCUGGCCCCUGUCAAUUUCCCAGGCUUUUAUCUCCAUUUCUUUGGUUCUUGUGUCAACAGUGACAAUUCCGGGUUGUCAACUCCCACUUUGUGUGAUACACUUGCAGGUGUUUUUCAAUCAAAUGGUCAAUUAUUCCUUGGUCAGGUAAAGAUCGUUCAAGCAAGAGACUCUGCAGACAGAAUGAGGAAGGCAUUCUUUAUGCAAAAGUACCAAAUUGUUCCGAACAGCAAUGUAAAUUGCAUCUAUACCCCAGCCGUGGUUAUGGACAAUUAUAACAACAUUGUGGUUCUGCCCCUUGGAGGCCUGGUUGAAGUCAACAAAGAUGACAUCAAUAUCAUUCAGGCUGUUGAUAUUCACUUGUCCGUCGGGUCUUCCAAUAACCAAAAGUUCCUCAACAUUGCAAAAUUCGGCAUGUUCUGGUGGAUGUUGAUGAACAUUGCAAAAAUCUAUUAA